UGCUUGGCAACCGUCAAAAAACAGGAAGAAGAAAACAGCAGCGUAGAAGAAGAAAAACGAUGGAAACUGUUUUUCCGGAAGGAAGAGGCGUAUUUGUGUGUUUUAAUCGAAAGCAGUGUGAGCGGACUCUUCAGUUUUAGCCACAGUUAGCCCGGUGGCUAACAUCCUAUAGAUCGAACAGAGAGAGGCGGAAGUCUGUUUUUUUCUUUGUCCAUCGUUGACAGCGCAGCUCCGUGAGGGAUGUGGAGGAUAACUGCACAAGCCUGCUGGGUUCUGCUGUCCAUCUGCUUUCUGGGGAACUUAGUUUUUGGUUGGUUUCAACAGAACAGCGGGAGACCCCAAACGCAGCACAACGAGCAGCAGAGCAGCGAGUCGGACAGUGCGGAUCAGAGCUGCCUCUGUCAUCUCACAGGAGUUCUCGAUGACUGCUUCUGUGAUGUUGAAAGCAUUGACGUUUUCAACAACUUCAAGAUUUAUCCUCGCAUCAAGAAACUGGCAGAGAGAGAUUACUUCAGAUACUACAAGGUGAACCUGAAGCGUCCAUGUCCUUUCUGGCCCGAUGAUGGACAUUGCUCCAUCAAAGACUGCCAUGUGGAGCCCUGCCCAGAGAGUAAAGUUCCUAUUGGCAUUAAGUCUGGAAAUUACAACAAGUACUCCCAGGCAGCCAACACAAUGUCGGACGAGACUGAGUGUGAGCAGGCCAAUAAGCUCGGCGCCAUCAACAGCACCCUGAGUAACCAGAGCAAAGAGGCCUUCGCUGAUUGGGCGAGACACGAUGAUGCUCAGGAUCACUUUUGUGAGCUAGACGAUGAAACCUCUCCAGAUGCAGAGUAUGUGGAUCUGCUGCUGAAUCCAGAGCGAUACACCGGCUAUAAAGGGGCUUCUGCAUGGAGGGUUUGGAACAGCAUCUAUGAGGAAAACUGCUUCAAACCCAGAUCAGUGUACCGACCUCUGAACCCUUUGGCUCCCAGUAGAGGAGACGAUGAUGGGGAAGGCUUUUACAAGUGGCUGGAAGGCUUGUGUUUGGAAAAAAGAGUUUUCUACCGACUUAUCUCGGGCCUCCACAGCAGCAUCAACAUCCACCUGUGUGCAGAGUUCUUGCUGGACGAGGGCUGGGGCCGCCCGGCGUGGGGCCCAAACAUCCAGGAGUUUCGCCGCCGCUUCGACACGGCGGAGACGAAGGGCGAGGGCACGAGGCGGCUGAAGAACCUCUACUUCCUGUACCUCAUAGAGCUGCGCGCUCUCUCCAAGGUGGCGCCAUACUUUGAGCGAGCGAUCGUCAACCUGUACACUGGAAGCUCUGAGGAGGACGGAGAAACCAAAGAGCUGCUGCUGCAGAUUUUUAAUGAGAUCAAAAGUUUCCCAAUGCACUUUGAUGAAAAGUCCAUGUUUGCCGGACACAAAAUAGAGGCCAAGACUUUAAAGGAGGAAUUCCGGCUCCAUUUCAAAAACAUUUCCCGGAUUAUGGACUGCGUGGGCUGCAGUAAGUGUCGGCUCUGGGGAAAGCUGCAGACUCAGGGUCUGGGCACGGCUCUGAAGAUCCUCUUCUCUGAAAAGGAGAUCCAGAGCUUAUCAGAACACAACCCGUCGAAGGGCUUCCAGCUCAGUCGGCAGGAAAUAGUGGCUUUAAUGAACGCCUUCGGCAGGUUGUCCACCAGUAUAUGUCAGCUGCACAACUUCCGCCUGAUGUUGAAGGAGAAGAGGUAACAGAGGAAGACGCUCCGGCCCAGAUGACGAUGAUGAUGGGAGUCACCUCGGCAACGUUUUCCCAAAAUCAAAACAUAAAUUUUUUUUUUCAUCCUGCUAAACCUUGACUUUGAUUUUUGCUGUUGAGCUUUUCAGGUUUUUUCUUUUUUUUCUCUCCCCAAAACCCUCGGAUGGAUCGUUGUGACAUUUGUUGCUUCGCAGGAUGAAUUUCCUCUCCUGUUCCUGCAGAUGUCUGAGGACAAGAUGGACGCCCCCACCCACAUACUGCUUAUUGCACUUCAUGUUUGAGUUCCUCCUCACAUGAAUCAGCUGAAGUCUGCUGACUUUUACCAAAUUCGGACGCCUGAUUUAAUGGGCCCCAACAAAGCUUUGUGCUCUUACAGUAGCGUGUGUUUAUGCCACAGCUUGGACGAAAUUCUCUGCUGGAUGUUUCCACUUCUUAUGCUUCUGUUUGGUAGCUUCCUGCAACUUCCUUUCCUCCUAAAGCCUCAGCUGCUGAAUUUGAAAAUUAGGGCGAGGUAGUCCUCUGGCUCCCAUUUAUGCUAAUGUUUUGCAGCUUGUAUCGUAUCAGAUCACGAUGAACAUGACGGCUUGACGGCAGGGCUGGGCAAUGAAUCAAAUGUUUGAGUUUCUUUUAGGUUUCAUAUUUCAGUCAUAUUACCAUGCAGAGUCUUGCUUGACUUACAGCUUUGAUAUCUUUUGGGUUUUGAAUUCAGAACAAAUCUAUGUCAAAGUAUUUGGGUCAGUUUUUUUAUUAUUUAUGAGAAUAAAGCCAUAAUAUUACAAGAAUAAAGUCAUAUGACAAUAUAGUCGUAAUA